CAAGUACUAGCAAGGUAAUCUUGAUCUAUAUAUUGAUCUAUCUCCAAGCUUUGUCUCUACUUCUAUAGCAUCAACAAAACUCCUACCAAAUAUUUUCUGUUUCAUCAACAAAUGGAAAAAAAAAGCUCAAGCCCAAGACAUGGAAACCUCAUAACGAUUCUCAGUAUAGAUGGGGGAGGAAUUAGAGGGAUCAUCCCUGGUGCUCUUCUCGCUUACCUUGAAUCUGAACUUCAGAAACUAGAUGGUGAAGAUGCAAGGCUUGCAGAUUAUUUUGACGUGAUUUCUGGGACAAGUACAGGCGGUCUAAUUGCGACCAUGUUAGUAGCUCCAAACGAAAACAACAGACCAUUAUUCGCUGCAAAGGACAUUGUCCCAUUUUACCUUUCCAACUGCCCUAAAAUUUUCCCACGAUCAAGUGGACUUUGUGCCACAGUUAAUGAUCUAGUGAAAGCUCUAACAGGACCAAAGUAUGAUGGAAAGUAUUUGCACAAGCUUGUAAGAGAGAUAAUAGGAGACAAAAGGUUGGACCAAACCUUGACGAACCUGGUUGUCCCAACUUUUGACAUCAAGAAACUUCUGCCUGUCAUAUUUUCGUCUUAUCAGGUGUCAAGCCGUCCAGUGCUGAAUGCUAGACUUUCAGACAUUUGCAUUGGUACCUCAGCAGCACCAACUUACCUUCCUGCAUACUAUUUUGAGAACAAGGAUCAACAAGGAGAAUCCAAGGAGUUCAACCUCAUCGAUGGUGGCAUAGCCGCGAAUAAUCCGUCAUUGAUUGCCAUUAGUGAAGUGAUAAAACAAAUUACGAGCCAGAAUCAAGAUUACUUGGAGAUUGAGCCAAAGGACUUGUAUGAUCGUUUCCUACUGAUUUCACUGGGAACGGGUUCGGAUAGGAGUGAACUCAAAUACAAUGCCAAGAAAGCUUCAAAAUGAAUGUUAAGCUGGUUGUACACUAAUGGGUCAACUCCUUUGUUGGAUUGCUUUGAUGAAGCAACUUGCGAUAUGGUUGAUUACCAUAACUCUGCGGUUUUCCAAGCUCUCCGUUCUGAACAGAACUACCUCAGAAUUGACGAGGACACACUAGAGGGAGAUGUAGCUUCAGUUGAUAAAGCUACACGGGAAAACUUGGAAAAUCUAGUGGAAGUGGGAAACAAAUUACUCAAGAAACCAGUUUGUCGCGUGAAUUUGGAUACUUGUCUCUAUGAACCAGUUGAAGAUGAGGGCACAAAUGAAGAAGCACUUCAGAGGUUUGCAAAGUUACUGUCGGAUGAAAAGAAGCUUCGGGAGUCAAAAUCAUCACAGUAAAUUGUAUAUUUUCUAUUAGAAUCAUUUUAAAAAAAAAAAAAUUGAAAAUUUAGGUUCAAUUUGGGAUUGAUGUAAUUUUUUUUUUCUUAAACUACUUCUGUUGUAUUUUAAGAAUAAUUAACUGAAAAAUAAAGCAAUUGAAC